UAUAUUUCUCUUCUCCAUGGUUGCCAACACUGAUAAAGUGGAAGAAACUGAGGUACGGUGAAAGAGAAAAGUAACUGGACGUGAGAAAAAGAAAGAGGUCUCAGUGAACCGAACUCUGGGAAAGAAGUUCGCGAGAUCUCUGCAGUUGCCGAGGAGACUAGAAGAAGGAGGAAGAGGAAAGGUGAUCUCGCAAAAAGAAAAGAGGUCGGCAGCGCUCGCGAGAUCUCAUAGCACCGUGGCCGAAAGGUUCUUAAGAAGUUGAAGGGCCUGGGAGAGUCCCCGAAGCAAAUGGCCGGAGCUGGACCAACCGUGCUGCUACGAGAGGAGAAUGGCUGUUGCAGCCGGCGUCAAAGCAGCUCCAGCGCUGGGGAAUCAGAUGGGGAGCACGAGGAUUCGCCUGCCGCGCGCGCCCGGCAGCAGCUGGAGGCGCUGCUCAACAAGACUAUGCGCAUUCGCAUGACUGAUGGACGGACACUGGUGGGCUGCUUCCUCUGCACCGACCGCGACUGCAAUGUCAUCCUGGGCUCAGCGCAGGAGUUCCUUAAACCAUCGGAUUCCUUCUCUGCGGGAGAGCCCCGCGUGCUGGGCUUGGCUAUGGUACCCGGACAUCACAUCGUUUCUAUUGAAGUGCAAAAAGAGAGCCUGGCGGGGCCUCCCUAUCUCUGACCAAGAUCGCACAUGCCUUCAUACUUCAUUAAACCUAUAAUUGAAGUUG